AAUCUGUUAGUUUAUUCUUUGGUUAAGGAAACUCGGUUUCUAAUAAGAAAAAAAGCAAAAGUGAGACAAAACAUGAGAAAGAAACAACUUUCGAAGAUCUACAGGAGGUUGAUGAUGUUCCAAAUAUAGUUAGUGAAAUCACUGAAUACUCAAAUUCUCCUGAAAUUAUUGAACAAUUAGAUAGAAUUGGAGUGUCGGAGCUGUACGCUUAUGUAUGUGGGCGCAAAGAUACAUUUGAAAUUGAGUACCAGCAGAAACUACCAACAGGGCUACAAAAACCAUGCACUUUUGCCAGAAAGCCUGAGAACAUUGCUCUUAAUAGAUACAAUGGAAUUUACCCAUACGACCAUUCUAGGGUAAACGUUCAUGGGGACGCUGCUUUUUUCAUUAAUGCAUGCUACAUGGAUGGGUACAGACAAAGUAGAAGAUACAUAGCAUCACUAGGGCCGACUUCAAAAACAACAAACGACUUUGAAACCUUUUGGCAAAUGAUUUGGCACGAAAAAUCUGAUUUGAUUGUGAUGCUAACAAACUUACGUGAACAUUCGGGAAUGAAAUGUGAGCAGUACUGGCCAAAUGAGGCUUCUUUGUGUCAAUAUGGCCAAGUUACCGUGACAAGUAAAAAUACCGAAGUUUUUGCAGAGUAUACAAUUAGAAAAUUUACGGUUUCAAAGGAAGAUGAACACCGUUCACUAACACAUCUUCAUUACACAGCAUGGCCCGAUAAGACGGUUCCAGAAGACGUCACAACCUUACUUGAGUUUCGAAAAAGACUAAAGAGCACGCCAACGACUUCAGAGGGUCCAAUGGUUGUACAUUGCAGCGCGGGCAUCGGUCGAACUGGGACUUUGAUAGCAAUCGAUAGGUUGAUAGAAGAGGGCUUGGACAAAGGUUCAGUGAACGUGUUUGAAUGUGUUAAGAACAUGAGAGAACAGAGAGUAAAAAUGGUUCAAACACUUGAACAAUACAUUUACAUUCAUAAAGCGCUGGUAAUGGCACUGACAUUUCGCGCUGAAGCUGUACCCGUUGAACAAAUUCGUGAAUAUGUUAACCGAUCAAAUGGAGAUAUGUUCAGCAUGCUUUUUCAGCAAUUGCAACAGACGAUCGAAACAGACAGCGAAGCAGAACAGAAAGCUCGCAUCAAAAAUAAAGAACGAUCGGGGAAAAAUCGUCGCGGAGCAGACAUUCCAGGCAGUCGAUUUAGCAUAUUUCUUCAUUUAAACAGAGAAGGGGACGAAUCUGAAUAUAUUAAUGCAGUAUACAUAAACAGUUUCAAGAAAAAAGAUCACUUCAUUGCAGCGCAAUCACCUCUACCAAGUACGGUUGAAGAUUUCCUUGCUUUAAUUUACCAAGAGAAUUGUAGUUGUAUUGUCGCUAUGGAAGAUUUGAAUGAGCCUGGAAUGACAGUCGGUGUGUACCUUCCUGAAGAGAAGAAAACCUUAACUGUUGGAAACUUCAAAGUGUCAUGCUCGAGAUUAGAGACUAAAAAGUCACACAUCAUACGAAAAAUGAAGAUAAAAUAUACAGGAAAGUAUGAGAGUGGGGAAAGGAGCAUCAUUCACUUUCAAUACACACAAUGGAUAGCUGAAAACGAUAUUCCUGGUAAUACAAGUGAAUUCGUGCAGUUUGCAAAUGAAGUUGAGGAGUAUGCAAAUGAAUUAGGGGACGAGAAAUCACCGGUCGUUGUGCAUUGUCUCAAAGCAAACGAGAGGAUUGGUUUAUUUUGUGGAGUAAUAAUACUGAUGGAAAAAAUUAAAUAUGAGCGUCGGGUUAACAUUCUCGAUAGUCUAAGACAUUUGAGAACAAGGAGACCAUCGGCAAUUACAAGCCAGAAACAACUUGAGUUCUGCUAUCAAGCUGCAAGUGCCUAUACCAAUCUGCAUAUGAAAAAUAUAUAGGUCUGUACAGGAAAACAGAAAAGAGAAAAAGUGACUUUUAUAAA